CCCAAAUCUCCCUGAGAAAGAUGUCGGCAUACGAGAACGUCGUUAAAGGAAAGCUGAAGCUGAAGGGGAAGGCGCUUGAUGUUAAGGGUGAUGGCAUUUUCAAGAAGAAAAAGAAGCACAAGAUCAACCCGUCAAUAGGUGGAAGUAGGAUGGUUUCAACAGAUUAUAUUCGUGGUGAUGUAACUCAAAGUGAUAAUGAUGGUGGGAAAGAAGAGGCUUCUGGUAUGUUGGAUGAUUAUCUCACACCAGCUGAGAGGCGUUAUCUGCAACAAUGGGAGAAAAUUGAUCGCCAGAGGUUAUCUAAAUUGGCCAACAAAUCACACCGUGAUCGGAUUCAAGACUUCAAUCAAUAUCUCGCCAAUUUAACUGAGCAUUAUGACAUUCCUAAAGUUGGCCCUGGCUAAUUUCUGCUAGAUCCAUCCCUCAUGUAACGCUGCCAUUUGUGCUCAUUCAAGUCCAAUAUUAAUGUAUUUUAUGCAUUAAUUCAGGAUUUGCAUGUUUAUCUUCAUAUAUCAUUCCAUUAUAAAUUGACUUCUUUAUGGAGGUGGCUAAAUUAAGGGGCAUUCAUACUGCUUCUGAUCCAUAAGAAUUAAUAACUCGUAGAAU